AUGGGGGAAAUGGGGAAGGCGAUAGGAUUGCUGAUAAGCGGGACGCUUGUGUAUCACCAUUGCGCUAAUCGCAACGCGACUCUUCUCUCCCUCUUCUCCGAUGUUCUCAUCGUUCUCUUAUCCUCCCUCGCCAUUCUCGGCCUUCUUUUUCGUCAACUCAAUGUCUCGGUACCUGUUGAUCCAUUGGAGUGGCAAAUAUCACAAGACACAGCCAGUAGCAUUGUAGCGCGCUUAGCUAAUACUGUUGGAGCAGCUGAGUCAGUUCUGCGGGUUGCUGCAACAGGACAUGACAAGAGGCUGUUCGUUAAGGUUGUGAUCUGUCUUUACUUCUUGGCAGCCUUAGGACGAAUCAUUUCGGGUGUUACCAUUGCUUAUGCAGGACUGUGUUUGUUCUGUCUCUCCAUGCUCUGUCAGAGUUCUAAACGAAGAAACGGAGAGCUUUUGGAACGAGAAACACCUUCAGAGUUGUGA